AUGUAUGCGCAAUCCUUAAAAGUGGCAGUGAUCGGAGCCGGCAUGGCUGGCCUACUCACCUCAUGUGAGCUCAAAAGAGAAGGCCACCGGGUCAUUGUCUUCGAGAAAAGCAUUAGCCUUGGUGGCACCUGGGUCUAUGACCCACGUGUCGAAACCGACCCUUUGGGUCUAGACCCGGCUCGCCAGAUUGUCCAUAGCAGCAUGUACCGCUCGCUCCGGGUCAACCUUCCGAGGCGGCUCAUGGGCUUCUUGGAUUACCCAUUUUCGCUGAAAGAGCGUGGGGAUCCGAGAGAGUUUCCGGGUCACGAGGAGGUGCUGCGGUACCUUGAAGAUUUUGGCCGGGAUUUCCGCUUGGUUGAGUUGAUACGGUUCAGGCACGAGGUGGUCCGAGUUGAACGAGUCAAUGAAGUGAGUCACGAAUGGGUGGUUGAGUCGAGGACUCGGGAAAGUGAGUCAGAGAUGGAGGAGGAGGUGUUUGAGGCCGUGGUGGUGUGUAAUGGUCACCACACCGAGCCAAGAAUUGCUGAGUUUCCAGGCAUGGAUAUUUGGCCAGGAAUGCAAGUACACAGUCACAACUAUCGAACUCCUGAGCCAUUUCAGAACCAAAUUGUGGUGUUAAUUGGAAAUGGACCUAGUGCACACGACAUCUUGAGAGAGAUCUCCUCUGUUGCAAAAGAAGUUCAUCAAGCCUUGCGAGCCUCGGAUGUGCAUUUUAAAAAGUUGGAAAAUCGCAAUAAUAUCUGGCAGCAUUCAGUGAUAAAAUGUGCUAAUGAAGAUGGUAAAGUAGUAUUUCAAGAUGGAUCAUUUGUUUAUGCAGAUGCCAUCAUCCAUUGUACUGGGUUCAAGUAUCAUUUCCCCUUUUUAAGAACAAAUGGAAUAGUGAGCGUGGAUGACAACUGUGUUGGACCUCUGUAUAAACAUGUUUUUCCACCAUGCUUGGCUCCUUGGCUUUCUUUUGUAGGACUUCCUUACAGGGCUGCUUCCACUUUAAUAAUUGAGUUACAGUCCCGAUGGGUGGCAAAAGUUUUAGCUGGCAAGGUGGCACUGCCAAGUGAAGAAGAGAUGGCAUCAUCUGUGGAAGAACUCUACCAGCACAUGAAGGAGAGUGGAUUGCCAAAGCACCACACUCAUCAGCUUCAGCAGAACAAGUUUGAUUACGAAAACUGGCUAGUCACUCAAUUGAGAUUACCACCCCUGGAGGAGUGGAGAGAAGAGAUGUAUUUCCAUGCGUUGAAGAAGAUUACUUCACAUGAUGAUGAUGAAUAUCGGGACACCUGGGAUGUCAUAGGUGGAUGUAAGGAUACUACAGCAUGCUAAAGGCCAGUU